AUGGCUGCCAUUCUAUCUUCCGUGACGCGCCCCUCCAUCCGUCACUUUUCGGCUCAUCGCCCACGUCCCGACUCACGCGCCGCUCGUGCCAUCACCAUGGGCUUCCUCGUAUCCGGUGUAGUGCUUCCAUUUGUGCCCCCGGCCAUGGAAAGCUCACGACAACGCGGCCUGGAUAUGCCUACCAGUGCAAAGUGA